UUGAAGAAUAUACUAGCCCAUUUUCUCUUACAUUUACCCUUCACUGCCAUGAAAAAGAUGUCUCUUUUCUGUCACCAUUGAAAACAAAAGGCCAACUAAAUAUACAUAUAUUCAAUAAAGAUAUCAGCUCUACUUUCAUUAAAUAGAAGUAUCUAAACUUCAAAAGUUUUUCCAUUUUUUAUCUGGAGUUGGACUUAGGAUUGUAGAAGAGCAAGUUUAAGGGGUUUUGUUUGGAAGAGUUCUUCAGUGAAGUGAAGUGGACUUUCUUCUAAGCUGGUGAAGUUGGAUCAGCAGGAAAGGCAACCAGAGCUUGAAGGUUUCUGUUGAAUUUUCCUUAUCCAGAUGUCGCCUGAAAAAUGGCGAAAUCAUUUGGUUCUGCUGCUAUUUUGUAUGAUUUCCAGUGCAUCAGGUGCAUUCUUCGGAGUAAACAUUGGCACCGAUAUGUCAAACUUGCCUCCUGCAGAGGAUGUGGUAGCAAUUCUUAAAUCUUACCAGAUCACCCAUGUCCGCCUUUUUGAUGCUGAUCGUCAUAUGUUAAACGCCCUAGCAAACACUGGAAUUCAAGUCAUGGUAGGAGUAACUAAUCAAGAGGUCUUAGGUAUUGGACAAACCCCAUCCUUGGCAGCAGCGUGGGUCAAUAAGAACGUAGCUGCAUACAUUCCAGGAAUUAAUAUAACAGCCAUUGCUGUUGGUAGUGAGGUUCUCAGUACAAUUCCGCAUGCAGCUCCCAUUUUGGUUCCAGCCAUGAACAAUAUUCAUCGUGCUCUAGUAGCUUCUAAUCUCAAUUUCCAGGUCAAAGUUUCAAGUCCUCAAUCCAUGGACAUAAUUCCUAAAUCUUUCCCUCCUUCCACUGCAACCUUUAAUUCCUCGUGGAACUCCACAAUGUACCAAUUCCUCCAGUUUUUGAAGAACACCAAGUCUUUUUACAUGCUAAACGCUUACCCUUAUUAUGGCUACAUCAAUGGAAACGGGAUUUUUCCUAUUGACUAUGCUUUGUUUCGACCGAUACCUACUAGCAAACAGAUCGUGGAUUCAAACACUCUUUUACAUUAUAAUAGUAUGUUCAAUGCCAUGGUUGACGCUGCUUAUUACUCUAUGGAAGCCCUGAACUUUUCGGAGAUUCCUAUUGUUGUGACUGAAACAGGUUGGCCCUCCCUUGGUGGUGCAAAUGAACGCGAUGCAACAGUGCAGAACGCAGAGACUUAUAAUGGUAACCUUUUUCGACGGGUAUUGAAUGAUUCAGGAACUCCUAGCCAGCCAUCGACACCUAUCAGUACGUACAUCUAUGAGCUAUUCAAUGAAGAUAAGCGCCCAGGACCCAUUUCUGAGAAGAAUUGGGGCAUGUUCUUUCCAAACGGCACAACGGUUUAUUCUCUGCCCAUGAGUACUUCAGACCUUACGGGCGAUUCAUCAGGGAGUGGAUUAUUCUGUGUGGCUAAGCCAGAUGCAGAUUCUAGUGCAUUGAAGUCUGGUCUUGAUUGGGCUUGUGGUCAAGGAUCGGCAAAUUGCAGUGCUCUUCAAGCUGGGCAACCAUGUUUUCAACCGAACAAUAUCCAGAGCCAUUCUUCCUAUGCCUACAAUGAUUAUUUCCAUAGAAUGCAGAGUGCUGGUGGGACCUGCGACUUUGGUGGUACUGCCACUACUACCAGUGUUGAUCCAAGCCAUGGUUCGUGCAUAUUCAUGGGAAGUUCUAGAUCAAAUUCAAGUGGGCCAUUCAUGCCUCCUGCAGCGCCUGGACCUUUUAUUCCCGGUAAAAGUGGUCUGAAACUGCAAUUUUCUCGAUUAACCUUUACGGUUUUGACAGUACUUCUUGCAAUUAUCCAACUAUGAUAAGCAGCCAAACCAAUUUUGUACCUGCUCAGACUGUUAGGGUAGUGCUGUGGAGAUGCAGUGUUGUAAAGAGUUCUGGAGCGCAAAACAGUCAACUGUGGUUGAAUGUUAGUUUGUUGUUGUUGUUGUAGUAGUUGUCUAUUCUUUGGUGUUUUGUAUAAUUGUGCUUUAUAGUGUAACAUCAGCGUAACACUGGAACCAUUCUUUCACAUUAAAAACAGGAAAGUUAGAUCGUGUACAAUCUGUGAAAGAUGGAUCUCAUCUGUAAUUCAAGAAUGCCUUUUAAGUAAUCAAUUUAGAGAAAA